AUGAGGCCGUCGAUCGUGCUGUUCGGCGACUCCAUCACGGAGGAGUCGUUCGGGGAGGGCGGGUGGGGCGCGCACCUGGCGAACCACUACUCGCGCUCCGCCGACGUCGUGCUCCGGGGCUACAGCGGCUACAACACCCGCUGGGCGUCCCUGGUGGCCGACCGCGCAUUCUCCGCCAUCCCGGCGUCGGCGGCCGUCGCCGCCGUCACCGUCUUCUUCGGCGCCAACGACGCGUCGCUCCCCGACCGCGCAAGCGCGUUCCAGCACGUGCCACUCCCAGAGUACCGGGACAACCUGCGCGCCAUCUGCGCGCUGCUCCGCGCGCGCUGGCCGUCGGCGGCGCUCAUCCUCAUCACGCCGCCCCCCGUCGACGAGCGCGGCCGCGUCCGAUUCCCGCGCAACGGGGACGCGUCCGGCCUGCCCGAGCGGACCAACGAGGCGGCCGGGCGGUACGCGCGGGCGUGCGUGGAGGUGGCCGCGCAGUGCGGGCUCCGGGCUAUCGACCUCUGGUCCAGGAUGCAGGAGUUCCCCGGGUGGGAGACGGCGUUCCUCAGGGACGGGCUGCACCUCACGCCGACGGGCAACCGGCUGCUGUUCGAGGAGGUGGUGUUCGCGCUGAGGGACGCCAACCUCAGCCUGGAGGCGCUCCCCGCCGACCUGCCGCUCUGCAGCGACAUCGACCCCGACAACGCCGUCAGGUGCUUCGAGGAGUGAGACCAUGCUGAGGAUAAGGUUCAGAAUUGAUGGAUAUCGGUCGAUGCCGCCCAUGAAAUUGUUUGUUUGCUUUUUUUUUUUUUACAUUAUUUGUUUUGUCCAUUCAUGUUGUACGAGAUUGUCACGGCAGUUUCGUUAUUUGUUCCGAAAUGUGGAAUAAAUAUAUGGGAUUGAGUUCGUUUCA